ACACACACACACUGGUUUCCUUUUCUGGGUAGCCCAAGGUCUCUCCAAGCUUCUACCAUCCUGGAGAUAGCCACAUUCUCCUAAACACAACAUCCCUAAGUCUCCGUGGGCCUGGGGAGCUGCAGGAUGGCGGCAGGUGUGGCCACAUGGCUACCAUUUGCAAGGGCCGCAGCAGUGGGCUGGCUGCCUUUAGCCCAGCAGCCCCUACCCCCUGCACCGGAGGUGAAGGCAUCCCGAGGGGAUGAGGUUCUGGUGGUGAAUGUGAGUGGUCGGCGCUUUGAGACCUGGAAAAACACGCUGGAUCGUUACCCAGACACAUUGCUGGGUAGCUCAGAGAAGGAAUUCUUCUAUGAUGCUGAAUCUGGCGAGUACUUCUUUGAUCGUGACCCAGACAUGUUCCGGCACGUGCUGAACUUUUAUCGCACAGGCCGGCUGCACUGCCCCAGGCAGGAGUGCAUCCAGGCCUUUGAUGAGGAGUUGGCCUUCUAUGGCUUAGUCCCAGAGCUUGUCGGGGACUGCUGUCUUGAAGAGUACAGGGACCGCAAGAAGGAGAACGCAGAGCGCCUGGCAGAAGAUGAGGAGGCUGAGCAAGCGGAGGAAGGUCCAGCCCUUCCAGCAGGUAGUUCCCUGCGACAGCGACUCUGGAGGGCCUUUGAGAACCCGCACACAAGCACUGCAGCACUGGUUUUCUACUAUGUGACUGGCUUCUUCAUAGCUGUGUCAGUCAUUGCCAACGUAGUGGAGACCAUCCCAUGCCGGGAUCCUGCACGGUGGCCCUCCAAAGAGCAGUCGUGUGGUGACCGCUUCCCUAUGGCCUUUUCCUGUUUGGACACAGCCUGUGUACUCAUAUUCACCGGGGAAUACCUUCUGCGGCUCUUUGCAGCCCCCAGCCGCUGCCGCUUCCUGCGUAGUGUGAUGAGUCUCAUCGAUGUGGUGGCCAUUCUGCCCUACUACAUUGGGCUUUUCGUCCCCAAGAAUGAUGAUGCCUUCUCUGGUGCCUUUGUUACCCUACGUGUGUUCCGGGUCUUCCGAAUCUUCAAGUUCUCCAGGCACUCCCAGGGCUUGCGGAUUCUGGGCUACACCCUUAAGAGCUGUGCCUCUGAGCUAGGCUUUCUCCUCUUUUCCCUCACCAUGGCCAUCAUCAUCUUUGCCACUGUCAUGUUCUAUGCUGAGAAGGGCACCAGUAAGACCAACUUCACAAGCAUACCUGCUGCCUUCUGGUAUACCAUUGUCACCAUGACCACACUUGGGUAUGGAGACAUGGUGCCUAGCACCGUUGCAGGCAAAAUUUUUGGGUCCAUCUGCUCACUUAGCGGUGUCUUGGUCAUUGCCUUGCCUGUGCCAGUCAUUGUGUCCAACUUCAGCCGCAUCUACCACCAGAACCAGCGUGCUGACAAGCGCCGAGCACAGCAGAAAGUGCGCCUGGCAAGAAUCCGGUUGGCAAAGAGCGGUACCACCAACGCCUUCCUGCAGUAUAAGCAAAAUGGGGGCCUUGAGGACAGUGGCAGUGGGGAGGGACAGAUGCUGUACGUUAGGAGUCGCUCUGCUUUUGAACAACAGCAUCACCAUCUGCUGCAUUGUCUGGAGAAGACUACGUGUCAUGAGUUCACAGAUGAGCUAACUUUCAGUGAGGCCCUUGGAGCUGUCUCACUGGGUGGUCGCACCAGCCGCAGUACCUCAGUAUCGUCCCAGCCAAGGGGGCCUGGGAGCCUGUUAUCAUCCUGCUGUUCUAGAAGGGUCAAGCGAAGAGCCAUCCGCCUUGCCAACUCUACUGCCUCUGUCAGUCGUGGCAGCAUGCAGGAGCUAGACACACUAGCAGGUCUUCGGAGGAGCCCUGCCCCUCAGAGCCGCUCCAGCCUCAAUGCCAAGCCACAUGACAGCCUUGACCUGAACUGUGACAGUCGGGACUUCGUGGCCGCUAUCAUCAGUAUCCCCACCCCUCCUGCCAACACGCCCGAUGAGAGUCAGCCUUCCUCCCCUGGUGGUGGUGGUGGCAGUGGUGGCACAACCAACACCGCCCUCAGGAACUCCAACUUGGGUACUCCGUGCCUCCUCCCUGAGACUGUCAAGAUCUCCUCCCUGUGAGGAAUGGGCCUGCCCAUUCAGAGGGCCUUCUUUAUUCUUGGGAACUCCUUUCCAAAGCCAUAUUUUGGGGAGGCAAAGAGGGUCGGACAUGGGAACUCCCUAUGCCCCCUGACAAGAACUAUGCAAUGGAGUUUCAUGGAAUGGCCCAUCUGGUGGGGAAGUAGAGAAUGAGGAACUUCCCUCAGUCCAGACAGUUUUUCUAGUGGGAGCUUGAAGCAUGGGACUCCAUAGGUCCCUGGCCUCCUUGUCCCAGCAUGCUAGGACUGGCCUCUCUCUCCUAGCUGGCCUCUUGCAUGCCUCUUCCCUUGGGCCCUCAGAGGCAGGUUAAAGCUUUCUAUAGUCUGACAUUUGAGGUCUGGUCUGACAAGAGUUGAGAGUUCCUCUUCUCUUUGGUUGUGUUAUACAAGUUUGGGGGUUCAGGGAAGAGAACCCUCAACUCCAAUUUAGCCUCUAGGGGGCAAGGUUUUGCCCUUCAACAGGCCCAGCAUUUCCCAGAUUUGGAAGCUUGGAAUGCAACCCUGGGCUGGCUUAAUGGGCUGUGGUCUCUGUAGUGACCUGCUACCCCCAAGCUUUGGCUGUGGGGAUCAGGCUGCUUCUUCCAACACAGAGAUAGCACAAACACUACCACCCCCUUCCCUGGCUAGCUGCUGGAAGUGAGCCCCUGCCACCCAUCUUCUGCUGGGCCUCCAGCAAACUCUAGCAAUAGCAGCUGCUGCCAUACCAAUAUGCAAAGCCUCGGACCAAUUUGCCGCAGCAUAUACAUCUGCUCUGAUCAGAUGGGCCACAUCUAACUACUCUCUUCUCUGAUGUGCUUUCUUCUUGGGUUGGUCUGGAGUCUGGACCUGCUGAGAUAAGACACUAACAUCCAGCCAGAGCUGGGUUGGGUGUUGAGCUCACGGGCUGGUUUCAUAUUCUUGGGCAGAAGUCCAGAAGUAGUGUGGGCAGAGGACUGAGCUGUUCCUGACCCCUGGGAGAGAUAGAAGAUAUCACCUCUUUCUCUGCUGUAACUUCUUUGCACACUGUCUUCUCCUCCCUCUUGGGUCACCUUCUGGAUCUAUGCUCUCAGACUGAAUCUCACGUCAUCUCAGGUUCCCUGUCUCCAGCUCUGUCCCUCUGAAGCUGGCAGCUGACAAAGAUGAAGUUUUCAUCAGUCAAUAAAACCUAAGAGGAGAGAUGUGGACCGAGCAUCUACUGACUCUGUGGCUUGACUUUGAGGGCUGGGUUUGGCUGAGGGGUUAAGAACACUAUAGUCUCAAUUUCUUUCAGCAGUGAAGGGACUGGUGUGGGUUGAGAUGUGGGAGGUUGGUGGCUAGUGUUCUAUUCUUGAAAAUGUGGACUAGGGAGAAAUGAAAGAGGGUGCUUCGAAGACUUGGUCUCUGUAGGCAGUGAAGCAAGCCAGAGGUCCUAAGACUCUCAGAUACUAAUCUGUUCCAGAUCCUUUAUUCCUACAAGGAGAAGCCAAGAUCAAGAGCAACAUGGAGUUACUUUGAGGGGGGAACUUAAGCCCAUGCUUCUUGAUAGCAAAAACCUAUAAAUUAAACCCUAAUAAAAUGAUUUCUGAGUUUGGUAAUAAUCCCCUUCCUCAUGGAAGAGAACACCCUGUUGUUCUCUGCUGGAUUCCAGCUACACCAGGCUAGCAUGUGACUGAGUUAUGUAGAGCCUCAUGAAGACCAAUCUUGGGUUUAGACUGACACAUUUUAGUCCUUGGGUGAGAGGGAGAGAUUCACUCUUUGGGUCAAGUUGCUAGUGUGAAAUAGAGUAAUUUCUUUAUUCA